AUGUUGGCAUCCAAGACAUAUUCGGCACCAUUAAGCUUGCCGACACCUCAAGCCUCAGCACCGUCCUACCAUACUGGAUCAUCACACAAGUCGACCGGUGCGACAAAACUGCAGGAUGGAGUGUUGUUUACUAGCCCAACAGAAUCAGAAUUUCCCGAACAGGGUGGGCUUGAGGCCAUCCGGGCUUGGGAUGAGAAGCAAGUUAUCGCGUGGCUUCAUAGCAUAAACUGUGGCCAAUAUGAAUCAUUAUUCAAAGCGAACAAUUUCAACGGUGACAACCUCAUGGAAUGUGAUCAAAAAAUCCUCCAGGAGAUGGGCAUCAAAAAGAUCGGCGAUCGAGUGCGGAUCUUUGUUGCUAUCAAGCAACUUAGGAACAAGUCAGUUGCCAAUCGCAAGCAAAAGAAUAUGAAACAACUUGCCGCACUUGAAGCCCCGAUCUACAAUACUCUCUCAAACACUCGACAACCAACUCUCAACAACCACACGUCUCGAUUGGCGGAAUAUGACUCUCAUGGAACUGGGAAAUCAUCGCGCCCAGGUUCGCCAUUACCAUCCCAUCGAUAUGUCGCCAGUCCUCUGGAACGAAAGGAACAGGGACAGGGCUAUUUCGGUCACACGCCUUCUACCGGCUCCAACUCUGGACGAAACCCUGGAACUCCCAGCGACGCAGGCCAGGGUAGACACCUAAGACAGAAUCCUAGUCUUGAUGGCUUGACGAUGGGCCCGCUGCCCAACUCAUCGGUGAUAAGAAUUAUUUACACCGGGGGACAGACUAAGGUGUUGAACAUUAGGCACUGCAAAACACCGGAUGAAAUCAUUCUUUGUGCUUUGAGGAAGCUUCAGCUCCCUGAGCAUCAAUACCGCAACUACUGCUUCUAUGUUUUGGAUGGUCUCGACCCAGAACCUUCCAAUUCUAGAAGGCUCACUGAUGCCGAGCUCAUGGAGAUAUGUGGAGGCACCAACAGGUCCGAACGUGGCCGCUUAAUUUUACGGAAGAUCCAUGCUGGAGAGCCAGAGACCGAUGAACUUCGCCGUGCUUCUCAGCUUGCACAAGACGAAAGCCAGACGGCCCACUUCAAUGCCCUGAGCGGCUCAAACCCUCGCAAUCAAAUAAAGAUUCAACAACUCACUGGCGAAUCCUGGCAUAAUAUCAAACAGCCAAUGUCGCCUGUAUCUCGACACCCUCCGAGCCAGGGCCAGAACCCGAACCCUAGUGAGCAGGAUCCCCAGCUAUCAAAUUUGGAUCGCCAUCCCGUGGCCAAGCUGCGCUCGUUCUUUGGGGCCAGACCACCAAGUGAAAUGAUCAUUCACGAAAUCCAAUCUUACUUCCCUAGCCAUCACCGGGAGGAUAUUGAGAAAACCAUGCGGAUGUCUGUCCGAAGAUCUCAGCGCCUAAGCCGAGCAACGAGUCGUUUGAGUGUCGUCAGUAACGCAAGUUUUGCAUCUAGCUUACGGGACGCGAGCUUGCGGGAUGCACCUCCGAUUCCUCCACUUCCGCCAAUCCCUCCAAUGCCGAGCCUUGCUGAUAGCUGGUUUGCCUCUGAAGCUGGUUCACAAACUGCCCAGGCUGCGCAGACCGCGCGUCCUGCUCGGCCUCUUUCAGUUACUAAAUUCAACUUGCCUCAAGCUUCGUAUAGAGAUUCAGUCGCGUCGAGCUCUCUACAGCCUCUUCAGGAAGAGUCGCCUGUUGAGCCAAAUCGCAAGUCUUACGUUUCGUUUGACAGUGGAUCUGAUGAGCCCAGUACCUCACGCCAGAGCAUAUUUGACGAGAGCGCUAGUGUUGCUGCAACAGAUGGUGGCUCGAUGAAUGAAAGAUUAAGUGUCCUUGUUGCCGAGGACGAUGAAGAAGAGGAUGAGGAUCUUAACGAUUUCUUAGCUGGAAACAACUUUGCACCGAAGAACUGGAUGAAGGGUUCUCUGAUUGGUGAAGGAUCCUUCGGAAGCGUUUUCCUUGCCCUUCAUGCAAUUACUGGAGAACUCAUGGCUGUCAAACAAGUCGAGAUACCUUCAGCUACCAAGGGUACUGAAUUCGAUAAACGCAAAAACAGCAUGGUCACUGCGCUCAAGCAUGAAAUUGAGCUUUUGCAAGGCCUUCAUCAUCCCAACAUUGUGCAGUACCUGGGCACUACUGCAGAUGAUCAGUACUUGAACAUUUUCUUGGAGUAUGUGCCAGGAGGUUCUAUUGCUACGAUGCUCAAGCAAUACAACACCUUCCAAGAGCCGCUGAUCAAGAACUUUGUCCGUCAAAUCUUGACUGGUCUUUCCUACCUUCAUAACCGUGACAUCAUCCAUCGGGAUAUCAAGGGUGCCAACGUUCUUGUGGACAACAAGGGUGGAAUCAAGAUCUCCGAUUUCGGUAUCUCCAAACGUGUAGAGGCCUCCACACUUCUCGGUGCUCGAGCCAGUGGCACUGGCGUUGGCCAUCUGCACCGACCGUCGAUGCAAGGUAGUGUCUAUUGGAUGGCACCUGAGGUCGUUCGACAAACAGCUCAUACCAAAAAGGCUGAUAUCUGGAGUUUGGGUUGUCUUGUCGUGGAAAUGUUUAUCGGUGCCCACCCAUUCCCCGACUGCAGUCAGCUGCAAGCCAUUUUCGCCAUUGGCCACAACCAGGCGAGACCUCCUGCCCCAGAGCAUGCAAGCAAAGAUGCCAAGGCCUUUUUGGACAUGACUUUCCAACCCGAUUUUGAACAGAGGCCGGAUGCAGAUGAGUUGCUCAAGUGCCAGUUCUUAGCCACGCCUUUGGCCUGA